GACUGGAAUCUGUGAUCGGAAGAUGAAUAACAGCAGCUGUUCUUCGGUUGAUGAACCUCCAGACGUGACAGCAUUACGUCAUUUAACUUACGCCAUCAUCAUGCCUGUGAUUCUCGCCUUUGGCAUGUUGUUCAAUACUUUCUCUCUCGUUGCAGCGGCUCGUUCCAAACUUAAUUCCAUCGCUCUCUCCUACCUUUUUGCUAUCAUUUUGUCAAACUUAACGCUGAUGAUUCUUGCCGUGCCGUGGAUCAUGCACCGAGCCUCUGAAUCAGAUCAAUGCUACUCUCACACAACAGCGUUUUAUCACGCCAACAUCGAACCGAUAUUACUCAAUUGGUUAGCUACGUUUUCCACCUACGUUUUACUGUGCAUGAGUAUCGAACGCUUUGUUUCAGUUGUUCAACCUUCAUUGUUCCAUCGAAUUCACGUGUUAUCAAGAGCCAUAUUGGCUCUCGUAACGUCUUUGUGUCUAUGCCUUAUCAUUCACCUGCCCAUGUACCCUAAAUGGAGUAUCACUUGUCCUGAUUGUUGGUCUGUAACAAUUGCGAAUGAUGUUACCUCCACAACCUUGUGGUGGAUCUAUAUCUGCACUUCGCAGACAAUGGCCAGGUUUGUACCGUGUGCCGCUCUGAUUAUCUUAAACAUCAUCACCAUAUUCAAAUAUCGACGCAUCAUCAACAAACGGAGUCGGAUGACAACCAAUGCCGUAUCAGCGUCUCAGACAAAUACGCCGAGCAAUUCCAUGAACAACUUAUCAUUCGUGAGAAAGAAAAUCGUGUUGAGUGCGUCUAGUCUAGACGAGAAACGUCAGUUGAAAUUUCUCAGUGGAUUGGUUUGUCUAGUCGCCGUGUGUAUCGUUCCGGCCGGUGUGGCUGCAUUACUUCCUUACCCGGAUGAAUACGAAUAUUACGUGUUUAGCGUCGUGGUAGAAGCGCUGGAGCUGUUCCACCACUCUGUGAUUUCUCUAGUUAUUUGUAUGUGCAACAACGACAUUCAUCGCAGAGUCAGGAAAAUGAUAACAUGUAAUUCUGUCUCCGUCUGA